AUGAAACAUCACUCCGAUUUCAACAUUUUUCAAGAACACCACGCCGAUUUCAACACUUUUCAAGAAUACUACGCCGUUUCUGAACGUGGCAACUCUAACGAAGCGUUUAUAAUAAAAAUUAGGAUUGAUAUUAUGAAUAGUGUAGUAAGCCUUCGUGAAGUAUUAGUUACGCAAUAA